CCGGGCUGCAGACGCCAGUCUCAGCCUGCCCAGAUCCCAACGCACAGCUACCUGUAGCUCGGGACGCAUGUCCCCUCCUGGGACCUAGCACUUCUUUCUCCCAGUCUCGAAUCCAGCCCACUCGCACUCCGGACCCCGGACCCGGACCUGAGAAAAUUUGCGGACAGCGCUCUGGGCCCACAGCUGGUGACAUGUAGGGUCACCUCCUGGUCCAGCCUCGGAACCUCCGCAGAUUCCUUGCCUGGAAAGUUUGGGACUGUGCGCCAUGGCCAAGAGCGGCUCUCUGAGUAUCCGCGUGGUGGAGGGACGGGCGCUACCCGCCAAGGAUGUGUCUGGGAGCAGUGACCCCUAUUGCCUGGUGAAAGUGGAUGAUGAGGUGGUGGCCAGGACAGCGACCAUCUGGAGGAGCCUGAGCCCCUUUUGGGGGGAGGAGUAUACUGUGCACCUGCCGCUGGACUUCCACCACCUGGCCUUCUACGUGUUGGAUGAGGACACCGUUGGACACGAUGAUACCAUUGGGAAGAUCUCCCUGAGUAAGGAGGCGAUCACGGCUGACCCUCGAGGGAUCGACAGCUGGAUCAACCUGAGCCGAGUGGAUCCAGACGCUGAGGUGCAGGGUGAGGUCUGCCUGGUGGUGCAGCUACUGGAGGAUGCUCGGGGCCGAUGCCUCCGCUGCCACGUAAGACAGGCCAGAGACCUGGCCCCCAGGGACAUUUCUGGCACAUCGGACCCGUUUGCACGUGUGUUCUGGGGCAACCAUAGUUUGGAAACAUCGACAAUCAAGAAAACUCGGUUCCCACACUGGGAUGAGGUGCUGGAGCUGCGGGAGGCACCGGGGACCAUGUCCCCACUGCGAGUGGAGCUCUGGGAUUGGGACAUGGUGGGCAAGAAUGACUUCCUGGGCAUGGUGGAAUUCACUCCACAGACCCUCCAGCAGAAGCCACCCAAUGGCUGGUUCCGCCUCUUGCCCUUUCCUAGAGCUGAGGAGUCUGGGGGGAGCCUGGGUGCCCUGCGCCUGAAGGUGCGCCUCACUGAGGACCGCGUCCUACCUUCCCAGUACUAUCAGGCUCUCAUGGAACUACUCCUGGAGUCGGUACAAGGGCCAGCUGAGGUGGGUGUGGCAGCAGGUGCUCCACCUGGGCUCCUGGGUCUGGGAUGUAGCUCCUCUCCAGUGGGAAUGAGGGAGUUCUUCUGCUUUGGGGGUCCUGGGUCACCUGUUGGUUCUCCCAUUCCUGCUCAGGAGGACACUGCCAGCCCCCUGGCUGUGCUAGAGGAGCUGGCCUCUGGGGACUGCCGUCAGGACCUUGCCACCAAGUUGGUGAAGCUCUUCCUGGGCCGGGGCCUGGCUGGACCUUUUCUAGACUACCUCACAAGGCGUGAGGUGGCUCGAACCAAUGACCCCAAUACCCUCUUCCGCUCUAACUCCUUGGCUUCCAAGUCGAUGGAGCAGUUCAUGAAGCUCGUGGGCAUGCGCUACCUGCACGAGGUCCUGAGGCCGGUCAUCAGCCGCAUCUUUGAGGAGAAGAAAUACAUGGAGUUGGACCCUUGCAAGAUGGACCUGAACCGCUCCCGGAGGAUCUCCUUCAAGGGUGCACCCACGGAAGAGCAGGUGCGGGAGACCAGCCUGGGGCUGCUGACCGGAUAUCUGGGGUCCAUUGUGGAUGCCAUUGUGAGCUCUGUAGGGCGCUGCCCGAUUGCCCUGCGCCUGGCCUUUAAGCAGCUCCAGCGGUGUGUGGAGAAGCGCUUUCCCAGGGCGGAGCAUCAGGAUGUGAAGUACCUGGCCACCAGUGGCUUCCUCUUUCUGCGAUUCUUUGCACCCGCCAUCCUCACACCGAAGCUGUUUGAUCUCAGAGACCAUCACGCAGACCCUCAGACCAGCCGCUCCCUGCUGCUGCUCGCCAAGGCUGUACAGAGCAUUGGAAACCUGGGCCAGCAGCUGGGCCAGGGCAAGGAGCAAUGGCUGGCCCCCCUUCACCCCUUCCUGCUGCAGAGCAUCUCACGUGUGAGGGACUUCCUGGACCAGCUGGUCGAUGUCGAUGGGGAUGAGGAGUCUGGGGGAUCAGCCUGUGUCCUGGUCCAACCCUCGACAAUUGUUCGAGAAGGCUUCCUGCUGAAGCGCAAGGAGGAGCCUGCAGGCCUGGCUACACGCUUUGCCUUCAAGAAGCGCUACUUCCGGCUGAGUGGGCAGGACCUCUCCUACUCCAAGACUCCAGAGUGGCAGGUUCACUCAUCCAUCCCGCUGUCCUGCAUCCGUGCUGUGGAGCGUGUGGACGAGGGUGCCUUCCAACUACCACAUGUCAUGCAGGUGGUGACCCAGGAUGGCACGGGGCUGCCGCACACCACCUACCUCCAGUGCAAGAAUGUGAACGACCUCAACCAAUGGCUGUCAGCCCUGCGCAAAGCCAGCGCCCCCAACCAGGACAAGCUGUCUGCCUGCCACCCUGGUGCCUUCCGCAGUGGGCGCUGGACCUGCUGCCUCCAAGCAGAGCGCUCAGCUGCUGGCUGCAGCCGCACCCACUCAGCUGUGACACUUGGAGACUGGAGUGACCCACUGGAUCCUGAUGCUGAGGCCCAGGUGGUGUAUCGCCAGCUGCUCCUUGGGCGGGACCAGCUCAGGCUGAAAUUACUGGAGGACUCCAGCCUGGACAUAGCUCCAGAGGCGGACUCUGGGAAUGACUCCGAGGCCUGUGCCGAGGUUCUGGCUCAGCAGAGAACAGCUAUCACUCGCCUGCUGCAGGUGCUUGAAGACUUGGAGCAAGCCCAUGAGGAGUUCCAGAGACGGGGACAGGGGCAAAUGGCCCUCUAGGAAGCUGGAUGCUGAGGAGGUGCCAGAGCCAGCUGGGGACAAGGAGCCAUGGGGUCUCCCUCAGCACACUCCGGCCCAGGCAUCUCCUUGAGGCUGCCUUCUUCACUGCUGUGGCUUGGAGCCUCCUAGACAAAUCCCGAUCCUGUGUGCCCUGUGGCCAGCCAGGGCGUAGGCGACUUUGGUAGGGUCCAGCCUUGUACCGACCAAACCUCAACUUUCUUUUCUGAGCCCGGAGUCUCAGCUUCACUGGACACACCUCUUCCAAUGCCUAUGGCGCCCACCUCACCCUGAGCUGCUGGAUACAGCUGUACCUGAAUGCGUACCCUGGCUGACUCAGAAAAGGCUUGGCUGGCCAGGAGCUUCUGGUUUUCACUUCUGAGUUCCUAUGACCCCAUAGGAACCCCUGUACCCCACUCUCAUCUGGCAACCCCACCCUCAAGUUUCUGGAACCGGGUGUUCUCAGAAGAACGGGUUGGGAGCCCAGCAUGCCAAUUCAGAGCCUUGAAGUUGGAUACUACAGGCUCUUUCUCCCUCUUUGAGCCUCAGUUUACUCUGUAUAAAGUGACGAGUGAGUGUG